UCUCGCUAGCCGCCUGUCGCAGCGCCGCUUUGCUGCAAAAUUGUUUUACGAAAGUUUACAAAUUGUAUAAAUAGCUGUACUAAUUUACUUAUUGUUGCGCAUUUCCAGUGACGAAAAGGAAAAACGAGCGUUAUUUUAUAUUUAUAAGUUAGAUGCUCAAUAAUAUACAGUAAAUUCCAUCAUGUCAUCAGACUUCUAUAUUCGGUACUAUGUUGGCCACAAAGGUAAAUUUGGGCAUGAAUUCUUGGAAUUUGAAUUUCGACCAGACGGCAAGUUACGAUAUGCAAACAAUUCCAACUAUAAAAACGAUACUAUGAUUCGUAAGGAAGCCUAUGUGCAUCCAUGCGUAAUGGAGGAAUUGAAAAGAGUCAUUAUAGAUUCUGAAAUAAUGCACGAAGAUGAUCGCCUAUGGCCGCAGCCAGAUCGUGUUGGACGCCAAGAACUAGAAAUUGUCAUUGGAGAAGAGCAUAUAUCUUUCACAACAUCCAAGACGGGUUCUCUGGUCGACGUCAACCAGUCUAGAGAUCCUGAAGGGUUGCGGUGUUUCUACUAUUUAGUUCAAGAUCUUAAAUGUUUAGUGUUCUCCCUUAUUGGCUUACAUUUCAAAAUAAAACCAAUAUAAGUGUAUUUUCAUAAUAAUAAAACAGAUUUUCCUA